CUUUUUGGUGUAAAUCUGGAGUCUAAUUCCGUAAUAUAUCACGGUACCUCGUAAAACCGACAGUAAAACGUCCCGGCCUACAAAUCACCCGGCCAGAUUAUGAGUUCAUUGUAUUAUGCGAAUGCUUUAUUUUCUAAAUAUCAGGCAGCAAAUUCGGUUUUCCCCUCCGGAGUGUUUCCUGAGCAAACUUCUUGCGCCUUCGCUUCCAAUGCCCAGCGCACCGGCUAUGGCUCCGGCGCCUCGGCCUCCUUCGCCGCCUCCAUGCCAGGCUUGUACCCCAACGCGGGAGGCAUGCACCCCCAAACCCCCGGCAUGUACCCCGGCAGCUACGGCCUGGAGGCCGGCUCCUUCAACAUGCACUGUUCCCCUUUCGAGCAAAACCUCUCCAUGAUGUGUCCCGCCGGCGGAGACGCCUCCAAGCCCAACGGCAACAAAAGCGAGCAGAGGGACGCGGAGCUGAGGCACGAGAGCAACUUGCGGAUAUAUCCCUGGAUGCGGAGCACAGGGACUGACAGAAAACGAGGCCGCCAGACUUACACCAGGUACCAAACUCUGGAACUGGAGAAGGAAUUCCAUUACAACCGUUACUUGACCAGAAGGCGACGCAUCGAGAUAGCCCACGCUUUGUGUCUUACGGAGAGACAGAUCAAAAUCUGGUUCCAGAACAGGCGCAUGAAGUGGAAAAAAGAGAACAAACCCGCAGGCCCGGGUUCAAACGGCCAGGAAAAACCAGAGGCGGAGGAAGACGAGGAAGAGUGA